AUGGACGCGAAAAGAUGGCCCAAGAUAUGUCUACGCGAAGAAUGCAGAGCGAUCCUCAAUAAAAAUCCGUCAGCAUGGGGAACCAAAAUGAUGGAAGCCCUCACAGACAUGGAAUGCCAGGAUAUCCCAACGAUGGUAUGGAAUAAUGCAGACCAAGAAGCUAUAGUUGAAAGACUAGAGACAGGACUGAAAAUAUAUAAAUAUAAAAACAACUAA